GCUUAGGCUGCUGGAUAAAUCGAGGCUAUGACUUUUGUUGUGGUGAGUAUUAUUUAGACAAAAUUAGCUCAUCUUCUUGAUGUCAACUUCAACUAAAACGGUUAUGGAAGGAUCUUCAAAGCCUGAGCCUGGUCAAGAGUCCAGUAAUUCUGACGACUCCAACUGGUGGUCUUCAUGGCUUAAUUCAGCCAAAGAGAAGUCUGUCAGCGCCCUGAAUGCUACCAAACGUGAUCUCGCAGAAUUUGUCAAUGUUCUUGGCAAAGAUACGAAAGUUGCUGUGUCAGGGGCUAGUCAGAACGUCAAAAGUAUUAUUGAAGGAAAUGAGCCUGCUAAGAACGGGAGUCCUACCACGAGAUCCAAAGUCUCUCCUCCAACAAUGGAGCCACCAUCUGCUCCGUAUGAUCGCUCCCAGGCCCAGUUGUUUGCUGUUCAGAACUCUGCUGAUACUUAUCUGCAGGAGCCAAAAAGAGACAAGUUUGCUGAGUGGGGCUCUGGUUUCAGUGUCCAGACGUACCAGGCCGACAUCUCCAGUCUGCUAGUGAGCUGCCCUCACAUCCGUACCCUCCACUCCCAGCUGGUCCCUGCUCAGGUCUCCUACGAGACUUUCUGGAUGAGGUACUUCUACAAAGUCCAGCUACUCGAAGAGGAAGAGAAGCUGCGGGCUGAGUUGAUGGCCAGAGCAUCCAAACCAAGUGAGGAGCAACUGAAGUGGGAUGAAGAGUUCGAGGAAGUUGGUGUGGAGAGUUUGCCCUUGCCUGACGUAGCUGGUCACCAGCGCUCUGAGUCUUCCUCUGACAGCUUUGUGUGUGUGUCAGAGAGUGCUACCAAUGAGGGGGAGAGGGGCCUCCUGGAGCAGGAGACCUGGGAGGUGGUGGAUGGAGGCUCCUCACCUCAGUCGCAACCCUCACUAAAACAGAGCAAGGAAGAUUAUGAUAUCGAUGACUUGCUGGAGGAAGAUACUGCAGAAGUGACGGAUGAAGCUGAUAAAACAUUGGAAGACUCUAAUUCUUCGGACUGGGAGGAUUGGGAUGACUGAGUAGAUAGUAUCACAUGCAAUACCGAAUCUAAUUUGUUCGUGUUUAUAUAAUUAUGUAUUCAUCUUCAGUUGUA